GGAGUGGAGUAAUAAAAAGUGAGUCAGUCAUACGCUCUACUUUCCAAAUUGUGGGUGGAAGAAUUAGUAUAAAUAAAUUGAAAAUCUACAAUAAUUAGUUUCUUCCUCUUUCAUCAUCAUUAUCAUCUAUAACUUUGAAUAAUUUGGAAGUUGCCAUUUUUCAACAUCGUGUUAUUCCCUCUGAUAGAAUUAUUGUAGUUUUCUUUUCAAAUUUCGUCAUUGACGAAUCGUCAAGCCAUCAACAACAUACUACUAACGAUUUAAUUGAAUCACAUCUGUGAAGUAUUAGAGGUAGUUAAUUUAACAAUGGCUGGAUCCAGUUAUCAAUAUGAUAAAAGCACCCCAUUUUUCUCCACGACGGAUGACGACGAUGCAGCCUUUCUUCGAUCUGGUCGACGUGCGUAUGAGUCAUCCACUAUUGAAGAUCGUCACCAGCAAUUGUUAGAGGAACGAAGGAAAAUUGAAGAACGUACAAUUCAAUCUUCUUUCCGUUCAAUUGGUUUAUUGCACGAGUCUGAAGCUGUUGGAGCAGCAACUGCUGAGGAACUGGACCGUCAACGAGAACAACUGAAAAAUACUGAAAGCAAGUUGGAUGAGAUCAAUACGACGCUGCGUGUUAGUCAAAGACACAUUCAAGGCAUUAAGAGCGUAUUUGGAAGUCUGAAAAACUAUUUUUCUGGGAGCAAAAACGAUGCAGCAAAAAUGUCCACAUCGGUUUCUGGAGGAGAUCUGAACAAAGAAGUUGACAAUGUUCCAGAUACUAAAACUAGAUUGGCGCAAGUUUUGGAGAAGACGGAAGUGGACGCCAAAAGCAGUGUUCAUCCGGUUGAACGAUUUCGCUCUGAUGAACCAAUGCGCUCUCAAGAUGUUGAUAGUAUACUUGACAAAAAUUUAGAAGAUAUCGGGCUUUCCAUUUCACGGCUCAAAAAUUUGGGAUUGGACCUCAACAAAGAAAUUGAAGAUCAAAAUGUAUUGUUGGGUCGAAUUACUAAUAAGACGGAAGAUGUAGACUUCAAGGUUCAAUCGCAAACUAAGGAUAUGAAUCGGAUUUUGAAAAAGUAAUCGUAAUACUUAUGCAUAAGAACAAUAUGCAGUAAAUUCCAAUUAACUUAGUACAUUUAUAUCCAUACCAAUGUUUGUAAUAGUCUCGUAUGUCUUUUUUACGAAUGCAAUAUGGUGGCUAAAUCUCAUGUCAUGUCACAGUUCUUAUGUACGAGAAGCAUAUGUAGAUACUUGUUUAUUUCAUGUAAUAAAUAUAAUCCAAUGUCAUAAUUUCAAUAUUAUGCUCUCAUUAUGUUUUGACGAUACAAACGUUAUUAAUUAAUCGGGAAUAAUAAAUAUAAAGAAAGUAUA